AUGAUACUGAAGCAUCUGAUGGAGGACCCCGAGCUGGGCUACUGUCAGGGGAUGACCUUGGUUGCUGCGGUAUUUGCAGCAGCAGCAGAAGAUCCGGAGGCGUAUACACGCUUUGCAGCGUUCGUACGACAAGUGCGUGGGCUUUGGCUGCCUGGAUUCCCACUGCUUGCACCCUGCAUGGCCGGCUUUGAGGUCCUGGCUCGGGAGAAGCCUUGGUUCGAGCAUUUCGCCAGGCUCGGUGUCCGCAGCGACAUGUUCCUGCCGCAGGCACUGCUGUCCAUGUUUGUGAACUGGCUGCCGCUGAUGAUGUUGUUGCAUUGCUUGAGCUUCCUGGAAGACUUCGGUUUGGCCGCGUUGCUGUCCUUGGCGAUCGCCUUCCUGGACCUCCACGAAGCACGCUUGCUCACCCAGCCCACUUUCGAGGAGCUGAUGGAGGUGUUGCAAAGCCUGAAGCAAGCCGAGUGUUCCGAGUCCAAACUGCUUGAGAUCGCGGAGAGUGGCAUGGCACAGGCCUCCGAGGUGCUCGAAACCGAACAGAUCGAGCCGAGACCUCAUGGUCGAUUGAAGCGCAAAGGCUCGCAGGUGGUGGACGAGGACGGCAAGGAGAUCUUGGCCACCGGCCUGGGAAGCGUCGACUGGAUCUCAUCGUCCGAGACGGGCACUUCCCACUGGAUGUCGGACUGGUGGCAGGCAGCUGGCCUACACUCCUCUCUGUUCAGCUGGGCCUUCCUGCAAUGUGAGGUCCCGGCAACCGAGUGGGGGAUGUUUUGGAACAGCCCAGAGCUGGUUCUACCUGAGGUGCGCGAGCGUCGACGAUAUCCGGGGAUGGUCGGCGCCGGUCACUUCGAGGUCUACUGUCCAGAUCCCGUGGACCUUCUGAGCGGAUGGUCCUUUCUGCUGUCAACCGGGAACACACGGCAACGGCUUCGUACGAUGUCAUUGCUGAAGGGCAAUCAGCGGUUGACUCAAUGCACGAAGGAGGGGACUGCGGGCUUCGUUCAUCCACGAGAUGUGCACCCUUCCCGGUGUUGUCGAUGCGGCGAAAGAGCUUCGUUGGUGCACAUCCCGGGAGACAUGAAGCAAUGGUCCUUUGUCGACACCCUCUUUCGUUACCACUCGCCUUUCAGCGACUGGGAAGAAAAGGAGCUGCAAGAGACACUCACACGCCAACUCUGGCAGAAGGAGUCUCGCUUCGCUGAGCAAAGUCGCCAUGUACAAGGGGCAGCGGGCCAGAUGGUAGAGCUGUACGGUGGCGAGGUUUGCUUCAGGAGGGACUUCAGCAUGUGCUGCAGUGCGCGAAACGAGCUGCGGGGGGGCCAGAAGGUUCUGUAUAAGACCCUGAACAUGAAGCCGCUGCCUCCGCCUUUCCACCUCGAGGUGGAAACGACUGCCAAAUCCGAUGCUCAUCUGCUCAUGGGUCAAGGACCUUUGAACUCCCUCGAGAUCGUGGCCGGGGCACACGGGGGCGCCUGGUCCGCUGCUCGGUGGGUCUCUGAGGGAAGCUUUGUUGCGCUGACAGCCUUCGACGGCUCUCCGCAGCAGGACAGCCGAGACAGAAGCGGCGCAGCGAAGUACAGCGUGCAGUUGGAAGAGGACGGAAGACUGCUGGUUCGUCACGGAUUAUCUGAGUGGGGUUUCUACCUUCCAGAGAAGUAUUUGAACGAGCUGAGGCAGCAUCCUGUUGGCAUUUAUGUGGGCGUUCCUGGCGACUUGAGCGCAACGUGGAACCUUUGCCGGAAGUCCUUAGCUGAAAAGGCUUCUGCCUGCUUUGACGCCAGCCGAGCCUUGACGAAAUCCUUGAUGCUUUCACUACAAGGCAACUGCCUUCCCGAAUUUGUUCUGGUGGUGGUUUGUUCUAAAAGCAUGGGCAUAUUGAGGGCGAGCGUGGCUGUCUGUGUGGGCCUUGUGCGCUGUCUCCUCCUCUUCGCUGGCUACCGAGAAGCAGAGCAUAGGCCCCACACGAAACUCAAUAGCAACUCCAGCUAUCUCCAGGCAGUGAUGGCAGACCUGAACACGCUGUGUUACGGAAACGAAGCGGGAAUCACAGACACCGCAGAGAAGCAGAAAGCAUCUGCAGAAGACAAGUCUCAUCCAGGACAAGUGAGAAGCCUCGUUCGGCACCCAGCCAUCAUCGUUCUGCCACCACUAUGCUGCUGGCUUUGUGUGAAGGGCUUGAAGGGCUCGGGUGGAAGUCGCUGGACGGGCUGUGGUGCCGCGCUGGCAGCUGGAAUGCUCAUCGGCGUCUUGGCAGGCCCACUUCCAGGCCCCUAUGCCUUUUUCCAGGAUGUCGACGUGCGCGAUGAGAUGACGCACUCAUCUGUCCAGAGGGCCAUCUCUGGACGGACAGAUCUGUGA